GUCCUUAUAUUGCCAUCCCUGCAUCUAUACCGACAUUCAAUUGCUUAGACUAGAAGGUUCACUAAGGAGACGAAUCAAUAUAAUAUGGUCGACAUCACUUCCAUGCUUCCAGCCUCUUAUUGGCCAUAAAUUUUCUCUGUAGAUGUAGAUUCCCUAAUCUUUCACUGUCUCCGGCUCUCCCUCUGGACCCAUGAGCCAUGUCCUCCAAUGGUCACUUCACAAUCUUAUUUCUAUCCACUCAUUAGAUGCCUCAUUGGCUUCCCCACGAAACCAUUUUUCCCACCAAAUUCCUCUCAUUUUACUCCCAUCCUGUAAUCACCCAAUGUUUUCGGUCAUGAUGCCAAUCUUUUCCCCACAAAUCUUAUUUAUCCUAAUUAAUCCUAUGGCCAAAGCAGCAAGAUGAUUGAAUAUGGUCUCAUUGAAUUAUUAUCAGGGAAGAUCUUCUUGCUCCUUUUAAUUCCUGUAACCAUCUUCAUUAUCUCUUCUCUCUUUUUUCUUGAAUUACUCUAGUAUAAUAGAGGGAAGAAAAAUUUCACCUUUGCAUAUACCUGUUAGAGUCUUAUAUGAUGGAAACAGAGCAAGUGGCAGAUGAAGAUUGCCAUGUCAAUAAUGGUGCAAGAAAGAUUCUCUUGGGAAAGUACGAGAUGGGGAGGUUGUUAGGACAAGGAACGUUUGCUAAGGUCUACAGAGGGAAGAAUCUUGUGACACAAGAAAAUGUUGCAAUCAAAGUGUUGCACAAGGAUCAGGUCAAGAGGACAGGAUUAAUGGAGCAAAUCAAGAGAGAAAUCUCAAUUAUGCAUCUUGUGAAACAUCCAAAUAUAGUGGAGUUGAAAGAAGUGAUGGCUACCAAAUCAAAGGUGUUCUUUGUAAUGGAGUUUGUGAAAGGUGGUGAGUUAUUUGCCAAAAUCAAGAAGGGAGGGCUGGAGGAAGAUCUUGCAAGAAAAUAUUUCCAACAGUUGAUUUGUGCAGUUGAUUAUUGUCAUAGUCGUGGCGUUUCUCAUCGUGAUUUAAAGCCCGAAAACUUGCUUUUGGAUGACAAAGAAGACUUGAAAGUGUCCGAUUUCGGGUUUUCUGCUUUGCCUGAGCAGAAAUGGAACGAUGGUUUGCUGCACACACGGUGUGGCACCCCUGCAUAUGUGGCUCCAGAGGUUCUAAGAAAGAAGGGUUAUGAUGGUGCUAAAGCUGAUACCUGGUCUUGUGGAGUUAUUCUAUUCGUGCUGCUUUCAGGGCACUUGCCAUUUCGCAAUGAGAACGCCAUGAAGAUGUAUGUGAAGAUUUUAAAGGCUGAAUAUGAGUUCCCACCGUGGAUUUCAAGGGAUGCCAAGAGGUUGAUUUCCAAUCUUCUUGUUGUGGACCCUGAGAAGAGAAUUACAAUCCCUGAGAUCAGGGCAAAUGGUUGGUUCCAAAAAGGUCUUGCUCAAUCUACUGUAUCUCCUAAUGAUUUAGAAGAUACUGAAAACGGAUUUAGAAGUGAAGAUCAAGAGGAUUUUCCGGGAAAAACCGGAUCAAAGCAUUCGCCGCCUUUUUAUAAUGCUUUUGAACUCAUAUCUUCAAUGUCAUCAGGAUUUGAUUUAUCAAGUUUGUUUGAGACCAAGAGAAGAAAGGGUUCAGUGUUCACUUCAAAAUGUCCAGCAUCAAUGAUCCUAUCAACGUUGAAGUCCGUGGCAAAGAAGUUGAACUUUAGAGUGGCAGUGAGUGAUACAGAAUUUAAGGUGAAAUUGCUAGGAAAAGAGGAGGGACGGAAGGGGAAACUGGCGGUGACAGCAGAGGUGUUUGAGUUGGCUGCCGAGCUUGUGGUGGUCGAGUUAUCCAAGUGCUCCGGUGACACUUUUGAGUACACCAAAUUCUGUGAAGAAGAUGUCAGGCCUGCCCUAAAAGAUAUAGUUUGGAGUUGGCAAGGUGAUAAUAUUGAUUCUCAUGAAGGCCAAGUAGGGACAAGUAAUUAGGAUGGUUAAUGCUCGUUAAUUGACAAAAGACCUCAAGAUUAGAACUCUUAACGGUCGCAAGUUUUACAUAUUUGCUUGUUUUAGGCUUUAUAAUUGUGUGUUGUGUAAUGUUAUUAAUUCGAAUAUACAGGCAUGUAAUUUGUCUACACAAGAGAUUAGUAGAGAGGAUUGGUGAUUUUCCCAGGUCA